AUGGAUGGCCUUGAUCCACGUUUGGAGACGAUCUUAGAGUAUGGAUUGAAGAAGGAAGUGGAAGAAGUGCUUGGAGUAGGGAAAGGCCCUGGUGCCACCAAGGUGGAGAACAGUGGGGAAUUCUGGGAAAGGACAGUGCAGAAGAUCCUGAAGGGGGACACUGGGACCUCGGACCUACAGCGCCAGAACUUCCGGGAAUUCUGCUACUGGGAGGUUGAGGGACCCCGAGAAGCUUACACCCGACUCCAGGACCUUUGCCGUCAGUGGCUGAAACCAGAGAAACACACAAAGAAUCAGAUCCUAGAUCGGGUGAUCCUGGAGCAGUUCGUGGCCAUCCUGCCCCCAGAGAUGGAAAACUGGGUGAAGGGCCUGGUGACCUUUGAAGAGGUGCACGUGUACUUCACUGAGGAGGAGUGGAAUCUGCUGGAUCCAGACCAAAGAGCCUUGUACAUCGAAGUCAUGCUGGAGAACUCCAGUGCUAGGUGGGAGCGCAAAAAUGAGGCAGACUCAUAUGGUGUGUCAUCAGGAGGAGCCAGAUAUAUAGAAGGAGAAGAGCAGAGAUGGAAAGUGGAAGUAAAAGAGGAAUGGGGGAAUCAGUCAUUUGCUUCUCAGAGCAGUGACUUCCAUGAGAUCCCAAUCCCAGAAAAAACAGACAAAGGAAAGGAAAAGACUCAGUGCCCCGAAUGUGGGAAAAUUUUCAGCUCUAAGUCAAACCUUAAUACUCACUGGAAAAUCCACACAGGGGAGAAACCAUUCAAAUGUCUGGAAUGUGGGAAAAGCUUUUGUCAAAAGGAAAAGCUUAUCAGGCAUGAAAGAAUCCACACAGGAGAGAAGCCGUACGGUUGCUUAGAGUGUGGGAAGAGUUUCAUUCAGCGAAUCGAUCUUACUACCCAUCAAAGAAUCCAUACUGGGGAGAAACCAUACAAAUGCUUAGUAUGUGGAAAGAGUUUCAGACAAAGCUCAAGUCUUGCUUCGCACCAAAAAAUUCAUACCGGGGAAAAACCGUAUAAGUGUCUGGACUGUGGAAAGACCUUUACCCUGAACUAUAGCCUGACGGUGCAUCAAAGAACUCACACAGGAGAGAAACCGUAUGAAUGUCUGGAUUGUGGGAAGAGCUUCAGUCAAAGCAUACACCUUACUUCUCAUCAAAGGAUUCACACAGGAGAGAAACCGUACAAAUGCCUGGAUUGUGGGAAAAGUUUCAUUCGGAGCACCCACCUUACUUCGCAUCGAAGAAUCCACACAGGAGAGAAACCAUUUAAAUGCUUGGAGUGUGGAAAGAGCUUUAGUCGGAGCACACACCUGAUUAGACAUCAAAGAAUCCAUACGGGAGAGAAACCAUAUAAAUGCUCGGAGUGUGGAAAGAGUUUUAGUCGGAAUACACACCUCAGUUCUCAUCAAAAAGUCCACACGGGUGAGAAACCUUUCCACUGCCUGGAGUGCGGAAAGAAUUACAGACAGAACUCGAGCUUCACUUACCAUCAGAGAAUCCACACAAUGGAGAAACAAUGGACAAGAGGUGCUAUGCAGCCAGUUGAGGGAGGUGUGUCCUUUGAUGAGGUGGCUGUGUAUUUCACCCAGGGGGAGUGGACCCUGCUGCACCCAGCCCAAAGAGCUCUGUACAAGGAAGUCAUGCUGGAGAAUUUUGGGAACGUGGCCUCCCUGGAUAAGGAUCCUUUUCUCUUAGGCAGCAAUGGAAUGACACCCUGGAUGCUUUCUCCGCCAUCUCUUCUGUGCAGUGAAGGGACAAGAGGCACCAUGCAGCCAGCCCAGGGUGGGGUGUCCUUUGAGGAGGUGGCUGUGUAUUUCACCCAGGAGGAAUGGGCCCUGCUGAGUCCAGCCCAAAGAGCUCUGUACAGGGAAGUCAUGCUGGAGAAUACUGGGAACGUGGCCUUUCUGGAUCAGCCACUUAGGAAGCUGAGUUUGUACCCCAAGAAACUUGCAGAAGGGAUCUUAGCAAGGGGGAGCACUCCCAGGCAGACACUGAAGCGGAUCGUGCUGUUCGAAUGA